GAUUUUUAAAUUAUCAGGUGCUUAUGAAAUUACUUCGUCCACAACUAAAAUUACCACGACUAUCUAGCUCCCCAAAAUCAUCAAAAAUGGCCGAAGCGGCGGCUGCUGCUGCAACCUCAACGUCUACACCAGCAUCAAAAUGGGCAAAAACAAGAAAUCUAUGGCCAUCUAUUCUCCGUUGGAUCCCAACUUCCACCGACCACAUCAUCGCCGCCGAAAAUCGUCUUCUCUCUCUCGUCAAGACUCCGUAUGUUGUAGAACAAGUAAAUAUAGGGUCCGGUCCGCCGGGGUCAAAAGUGAGAUGGUUUCGAUCUCAAAGUAAUGAGCCGCGGUUUAUUAACACGGUUACAUUCGAUAGCAAAGAGAAAGAUCCGCCCACACUUGUAAUGGUUCAUGGAUAUGCUGCUUCUCAGGGCUUCUUCUUUCGCAAUUUUGAUGCUCUUUCUGCUCGUUUCAAGGUCAUUGCUAUCGAUCAGCUUGGUUGGGGUGGAUCAAGUAGACCUGACUUUACAUGCAAGAGCACUGAAGAAACUGAGGCAUGGUUCAUCGACUCAUUUGAGGCAUGGAGAAAAGAGAAAAAUCUCAGUAACUUCAUACUACUUGGGCAUUCUUUCGGAGGGUAUGUUGCAGCUAAAUAUGCUCUCAAGCAUCCUGAGCACGUUAAACAUCUAAUCUUAGUGGGAUCUGCUGGAUUUUCUUCAGAAUCAGAAGACAGAUCUGAGCAGCUUACUCGUUUUAGAUCUACGUGGAAAGGAGCAAUUAUGAAUCAUUUGUGGGAAUCUAAUUUUACACCUCAGAAGGUUAUUAGAGGUCUAGGUCCUUGGGGUCCAGAUCUUGUACGCAGGUACACAAGUGCUAGAUUCGGCUCAUAUUCAAUUGGGGAGGUAUUAACUGAGGAUGAGUCCAAACUGUUAACAGACUAUGUGUACCAUACUUUAGCAGCCAAAGCUAGUGGAGAGCUAUGCUUGAAAUAUAUAUUUUCUUUUGGAGCAUUUGCUCGGAUGCCUCUUUUACAAAGUGCGUCACAAUGGAAAGUGCCAACUACUUUCAUUUAUGGGAUGCAAGAUUGGAUGAAUUAUGAAGGAGCCCAAAGGGCUCGCAAAGAUAUGAAGGUCCCGUGUGAAAUCAUUAGGGUACCCCAGGGUGGGCAUUUCGUCUUCUUAGACAACCCAAAAGGGUUCCAUUCAGCUGUGUUGUAUGCUUGCCGGAUGUUUCUGUCUCCGAAUCCUGAAAAUGAAUCCCUUCCUGAAGAUCUAAUAUCUGCCUAGGAGCUACCAUUGUUGUAAUGUAAAUAAGGAUAUAGCAGAAAGGUCUGCUGCUUUGAAUGUUAAGGCUUCAAAGUGAUCACGGGCAUAUCAUUUUCGCAAGCAGACAUUAUUGCUCAACUACUUGUUGGUGAGGGAAGUUCCAAUUUAGUA